CCUUAGGAGCCGAGCAGCUGCUAGUUUCAGUGACAUUGCCUCAGCCCCACUGCAGUGAGAUGAGUGCCGGGCUCGGACGCCUGUUCUCCUCCGGGGUUGUGCGAUGUUGUCGGGCCGGCUGGUGGCGGGGUCUGUCCUGCGGGGCCGGGGCACGUCAGUCUCUGAGAGGAAGCCUGCUAUUACACCAGCAUCUCCAAUGGAGGCCGUCACCGACCUUAUCAUUUUUGGGCUCCAAGCCCUCUAGAGACAAGGCAAAAGAACCAGGUUCACAAGGCGGCGGUGGGAACAACAACAGGAAAAAGGAUGGGAACUGGAAAGAACCUGAGUGGUGGCAGCGAGUACAGAAGGGCGAGUUCCCAUGGGAUGAUAAAGAUUUCCGCAGCCUAAUGGUCCUCGCAGCCGGAGUGGUCACCGGAUUUGCAGUGUUUUACUUUAAAGAUUCAGGCAAGGAAAUAAGUUGGAAGGAGUUUGUCCAUCUGUACCUGGAAAGGGGGCUGGUUGAUCGCCUAGAAAUUGUCAAUAAGCAGUUUGUCCGAGUGAUUCCUGCACAUGGGGCCUCUGCGGAGACACAAGCUUGGUUUAACAUCGGCAGCGUGGACAGCUUUGAGCGCAACCUGGAGAUGGUGCAACAGGAUCUGGGGAUCGAACCAGCUGAACGCAUCGCUGUUGUGUAUACCACUGAGAGUGAUGGAUCGUUCCUCUUGAGCCUCAUUCCCUCGCUGCUCAUCGUAGGAUACAUAUUUUAUAGCUUGCGGAGAGGAAUCAUGGGCUCUGUCCGCGGAGGGAAAAGUAGUGGGAUAUUUGGCAUGGGAGAGACGACGGCCAAGAUGAUGAAAGGAAACAUUGAUGUGAAGUUUCGUGAUGUGGCUGGAUGCGAGGAAGCGAAAUUGGAGAUAAUGGAGUUUGUGAAUUUCCUCAAAAACCCCAAACAGUAUCAGAAUUUAGGGGCAAAGAUCCCUCGGGGGGCAAUGCUCACUGGACCCCCUGGUACCGGCAAGACCCUACUUGCAAAGGCCACUGCAGGUGAAGCCAAUGUACCUUUUAUAACUGUGAAUGGAUCGGAGUUCCUGGAAAUGUUUGUUGGCGUUGGCCCAGCCCGGGUGCGGGACAUGUUCACAUUGGCUCGUAAGAAUGCUCCUUGUAUUCUCUUCAUCGAUGAGAUCGAUGCUGUUGGAAGGAAACGAGGACAAGGGAACUUCGGAGGGCACAGCGAGCAAGAAAACACCUUAAACCAGCUGCUGGUAGAAAUGGAUGGUUUUAACUCUGACACAAAUGUGGUGGUCUUGGCAGGCACCAACCGCGCUGAUGUCCUGGAUCCGGCUUUAAUGAGACCAGGACGAUUUGAUCGGCAAAUCUUCAUCGGCCCCCCUGAUAUAAAAGGAAGGGCCUCCAUUUUUAAGGUUCACUUGCGCCCUUUGAAGUUGCCCGAGAGCCUCAACAAGGAUGACCUGUCUCGGAAGUUGGCUGCUCUGACUCCGGGAUUUACGGGUGCUGAUAUCGCCAAUGUCUGCAAUGAAGCGGCUCUGAUUGCAGCGAGACACCUGAAUGAGUAUGUGGUAGAGAAGCACUUCGAGAACGCCAUUGAGCGUGUCAUUGGGGGCCUGGAGAAGAAGACGCAGGUCCUUCAGCCAGAUGAGAAGCGGACAGUGGCGUACCAUGAGGCUGGACAUGCAGUGGUUGGCUGGUUCUUGGAGCACGCAGACCCUCUUCUCAAGGUAUCGAUCAUUCCUCGAGGGAAAGGCUUGGGUUAUGCACAAUACCUCCCUAAAGAGCAGUAUCUGUACACCAAGGAACAAUUAUUUGACCGCAUGUGCAUGAUGCUGGGGGGCCGUGUGGCAGAACAAAUCUUCUUUGGUCGCAUCACGACCGGGGCACAGGAUGAUCUGAAAAAGGUCACGCAGACGGCGUAUGCACAGAUUGUGACGUUUGGAAUGAGCAAGAAGGUGGGUCAGGUGUCCUUUGACCUUGGACGUCAGGGGGAAAUGAUUGCAGAUAGACCCUACAGUGAAGCCACUGCGGAGCUCAUAGACCAGGAGGCGCGGGACCUCAUCCAUUCUGCCUACGAGAGAACCGUGGAACUGGUCACUCAGUGCAGGGAGCAGGUGGAAAAGGUUGGGAAGCUGUUGCUGGAAAAGGAAGUCUUGGAGAAAUCGGACAUGAUCGACCUGUUGGGUCCCAGGCCUUUCCCAGAGAAGUCGUCCUACGAAGAGUUUGUGGAAGGGACGGGAAGCUUUGAAGAGGACACGUCAUUGCCUGAAGGGUUAAAAGACUGGAACCAAGAAAAGGCCGAGGACACGACAAAGCCGUAAAGCAGCAUUUACCUCAUUCUCUGACCUUUGAGUAUAUUACUCAGAUAAUCGGGGACACCAAGAAAACAAUGGGCCAAUUUUAACUACGCAGGACCACACCGUCAGUGCCUCAACAACAACCAGAAGACUUCAAGCAGGGAGUAUAGGAAGCCAUUUUGGUCUUUGGUGGCAGUGAGGUCAGAAGACUUGCUUCUCUACUUGCAUAAAUGAUUGCUGCGCCCUCAGUGGUCAGUCUCUA